UCUGUCUGUUUGUACAGACAUCAUUAUGUGUCAGGCUGAGGAAGGAGGGAGGCUUGCUUUGUUAGGCCCAUGGGAGGCUGUGAGGAGGAUAUAUAGUGGAUCGAGACCAUGCGAAGCCUUAGUGGCAAUGAGGACCAAACAGAGGCGACAGGUGUGCGUUCUUCUACCGAACAAGCAGCACCUGGAUUGUGCUGUCACGGUAAAAGCCAGAGGCCGUGAGGUGUUGAACAGUGUGUUGAAGCAUCUUGGUGUCAGUGAUCUCCAAGUGUUUGGUCUAGCUGUUAUGAAAGAUAAUGAUUACCUGUUUCUUGAUUUGGACCAAAAGCUGAGCAAGUACUUUGGGAAACGAUGGAACAAAGGAUAUGUAAUGGUCCCGUUUAUCUUAUUUCUAAGAGUCCAGUAUUAUGUAGAAAGUGGGCUGCUAAUUUUGAGCACCACAGUGCAGCAGCUCUACUACACUGAGCUGAGGCAGAAGGUGCUGCGUUCACAGAGCCACCAUCAGGAGGCUUUGUUCUUCCAGCUGGCAGCCUCUGCCCUCCAAGCUGACGUUGGCGAUCUGCAGGAGAAAAAACACAGAUGCUACUUUCUCCCUGAAGAUUACUUCCCCUCAUGGCUCAUAAAGCGCAGAGGGAGAGAGUAUAUACUUCAGCACAGCCCAGUGCUGCAUGGUGAGCUGAGGGGGGUGUCCCGCAGGCAAGCCAUCCUGCACUUUAUAAAGGAAGCCAACGAGCUGCAGGAUGGACCUGUCACAUUCUACAGGAUGAGAGAGGAGGACAAACAGCCGAGGAGUUUAAUCCUCCUUGGUGUGACAGUGAAAGGAGUCCAUAUUUGCCAGGAGGUGGAAGGGAAACAAUCUUUGUUGUACGAUUUCUCCUGGACAGGUAUUGAUCGCUUCACCUUUCAGGGCAACAGGUUUGAAAUCACUGCUGUGGGCUCUUUGUGCCUUCCUAAACUGGUUUAUUACACUAAAUCAGCUUUCCACUCUAAACACAUCCUGAGGCACCUCCGUGACAGUCACCAACUCCACAUGAACAUCAGAGAUGCAGUCAUUUCCAUCCAACAGCUGGAAAACAUGGGUACCAAAGAAGCCUACAUCUGCGACACAGCGUGCCUAAGAAAGAGUCUCCAGUGCAGCAACCUCACAUCUUCAAUGUCCGACUGCAGUGAUGCUCUGGAAACAGCUACUGCCUGGUUUAAAGAGGAAAAGGAAGAGGACGGAGGCUCUACAACAGAGUCUGAGCUGUGGUUGGACGAAUCAGAGGAGUUGUUUGUUGAUGAUCCAGCUGAGGUGUCCUGGCUGGCUGAGCUGCUCCGUGGUGUGUCUGUCGACGCUCCUUUGAUGUUACCCUCUUUUUGCUGGGCAGCUGUCACCAUGGAAAUGAAACAG